GCGGCCAGGUUUGCUGGGAUUAUUACUUUAAUCGGGUGUCCUCACGGCAUUGUUGAUUCCUGAGUUAGUGAGAAGCGUUGUAACACCGUGGUUUUGUAGGAUAGUCAUAUCUCGGAUUCAAAAUGGGAUUCAAAUUUUUGGAGGUGAUAAAGCCGUUUUGCAGUAUACUCCCGGAAAUAGAGAAGCCGGAACGGAAAAUUCAAUUUCGAGAAAAAGUAUUAUGGACUGCAAUUACCCUGUUCAUCUUCUUAGUAUGCUGUCAGAUUCCUCUAUUUGGUAUCAUGUCGUCAGACAGUGCAGAUCCUUUCUAUUGGAUUCGUGUUAUACUUGCAUCAAACAGAGGAACUCUUAUGGAAUUGGGAAUUUCUCCCAUCGUUACAUCUGGUCUGAUCAUGCAACUCUUGAGUGGUACAAAGAUAAUUGAAGUUGGUGAUACUCCAAAAGACAGAGCAUUGUUUAAUGGUGCUCAAAAAUUGUUUGGUAUGGUCAUUACUGUUGGUCAAGCAAUUGUAUAUGUAAUGACUGGAAUGUAUGGUGACCCAACAGAAAUUGGAGCUGGUGUUUGUUUGUUAAUUAUCAUUCAGUUAUUUGUUGCUGGAUUGAUUGUAUUGUUACUUGACGAAUUGCUCCAAAAAGGAUAUGGAUUGGGAAGUGGAAUCUCUCUUUUUAUUGCCACAAACAUCUGUGAAACAAUUGUGUGGAAAGCAUUUUCUCCAGCUACUGUGAAUACUGGACGUGGUACGGAAUUUGAGGGUGCAGUAAUUGCACUGUUCCAUUUGUUAGCUACAAGGCAAGAUAAAGUUCGAGCUCUUCGAGAAGCAUUCUAUAGGCAAAAUCUUCCUAAUCUCAUGAAUUUACUUGCUACAAUCUUGGUGUUUGCCAUUGUAAUUUAUUUCCAGGGUUUCCGCGUCGAUUUGCCAAUCAAAUCUGCCAGAUACAGAGGACAAUACAGCAGCUAUCCUAUUAAACUGUUCUACACGAGCAAUAUUCCUAUCAUUCUUCAAUCUGCAUUAGUGUCUAAUUUGUACGUCAUCUCUCAAAUGCUGGCUGUCAAAUUCCAAGGAAACAUUAUUGUUAAUCUCUUGGGAGUAUGGUCAGACAUUGGUGGCGGUGGCCCAGCGCGAUCUUACCCUGUUGGUGGAUUGUGUUAUUACUUGUCACCACCUGAAUCUGUAGGACAUAUUCUUGAGGAUCCUAUUCAUGCCAUUCUUUACGUUCUGUUUAUGCUUGGAUCAUGUGCUUUCUUCUCGAAGACGUGGAUUGAGGUUUCUGGUAGCUCAGCUAAAGCCGUCGCAAAACAAUUAAUAGAGCAACAGAUGGUAAUGAGAGGUCACAGAGCCAAUUCUAUGAUUCAUGAACUGAACAGAUACAUUCCAACUGCGGCGGCGUUUGGUGGAUUGUGUAUCGGUGCUUUGUCUGUACUAGCUGAUUUCCUCGGUGCAAUCGGUUCAGGUACUGGUAUCUUACUCGCCGUCACAAUCAUAUACCAGUACUUCGAAAUUUUCGUUAAGGAACAAAGUGAAAUGGGUGGCAUGAGUACACUACUUUUCUAAACUUAAUUUACAUAGACUUUAAAAGUGAACUUUUUUAAUUCUAAAGAACUGAAUAAUAAUUUAUUAUAAAAUAAGUCCAUUCGACAUCAAAUACUGUUGAUUACUCAAUAGAGUAAUGGAAGGUCUUCAACAUGAAUCAAACCGCACACUCUUAUUCUUUGUUUGCCGUUGAAA